GAUCAUCCUGAAAAGGGGUUAAUAUUUCUUCAUUGUUUUCCCAUUUUGAUUAUGAUCAUCAUCUUGUUCUUCUAGAAGGUUUGUGACAACAAAAAGCUGGCUCAUCUAGAUAGCUUCUUUAGGGUGUUGGCAGAAACAACUCCUGCCUCCACUAUCACAUUAUAUGGGAAUAACAACAAUGGGUGUUAGAUGGACAUCACAUAAAACUCGAUAUCUUUGUUUCACAAUCUUGAUUCUUGUUUUAGCUCAUGGGUCUUUAUCCUUGAAUCUAGAGGGAGUGGCAUUGUUGAAUUUUCAAGAUAGAGUUUUUUAUGAUCCAAAUGGGGCCUUUAAAACUUGGAACUCUGAUGAUAUUGAACCAUGUUUGUGGUCUAAUGUUCAAUGUGUCUUUGGUCAUGUCGAAGCUCUUGAUCUGAAAGGGUUAUCUCUGGAUGGAGUAGUACUUGCACCUGAAAUAGGGAAUCUGAUCCUUUUUAUUCUUUCUAGGUUUGUUUAUUAUAACAAUCUUGAAGGAGCCAGUACUUCAACUUUCAAUAACCUCAAUUUGUUCUACGAGUUAUGUUUGGAUGACAAUCUUACAUUUGUUGCUAUCAAUGCUAUUGGAUUUCUAAACAGGAAACUUGGGAGAUGCAUCUGGCAGAGUGAUUUUAACCCGUUGUGGAAUGCAGAUUCCCUGAUCUCCCCGCUUACAGAAAAUAUUAUUUAUUACCUCAACCCAUUUCAACUAUUCCAAAAGGGCAUUUCAGAUAAAUCAUAUGUUAAUGUAGAAAUAGCCAAAAAUGUACACAUUGAGGGAAGUGUUAUAAGUCGUAAGAUGGUAGAAAAGCCAGCAAAUCUUGAGUCUAAAUCUUCCUGUAGUGAUUUGUCUGCUAACGGUCACACCAAGGCUCCUCCUAGUACCAAGAAUAUUGGAUCCGUCCCUGCUAUUCGAUACGAAUCCAUGAAACUUGAUGAUGUUAAUCCACCUUCAUCACCUGAAACUCCGAGACAGUCUUCGGAGUAUUCAGAUAUGUGGAUAAUUAUUAUUGGAGUUUCUUGUGGAGGUUUCCUUCUAUUUACCGUUGUAGCUCUGCUGUUUGUAAUUAGGAAUCCAUUUGUGAAAGUUCCAUGGAGGCCUAAGAUUAAUAGGCAACUCCAGAAAGCAUUUGUUACAGGUGUUCAAAAACUAGACCGGGUAGAACUAGAACAGGCAUGUGAAGAUUUUAGUAACAUCAUAGACACAAUGGAAGGUUGUAUGCUAUUUAAAGGGACGUUGUCAAGUGGAGUUGAGAUAUGUGUUGCGACUACAACUAUUACUCGACUCAAGGAUUGGUCAAAACGUGCAGAAUUAGAGUUCCACAACAAGAUUGAGACAUUAUCGCGUGUGAACCACAAGAACUUCAUUAAUCUUAUUGGUUUUUGUGAGGAGGACGAACCUUUUGUUAGAAUGAUGGUGUUUGAGUAUGCUCCUGAGGGCUUACUCUCCGAGCAUUUACAUGUUCAAGGACUUGAGCAUCUUGACUGGAGAGCAAGAAUGAGAAUCAUAAUGGGGGUAGCUUAUUGUCUCCAAUACUUGCAUGAGUUGAACCUUCCGCCGGUGCUCAUGCAUCUGGACUCAAAUAAGGUUUAUUUAACCGAUGAUUAUGCUGCCAAAGUUGCAGAUUUGAGUUUCUGGAAAGAGUUUUACCCAAAAGAAAAGACAUUAGGGUUAAACGAGUCUAUUGAUCGUUCUGCGCCGCAGAUGGUUGUUAAUCAAGAGAGAAAUGUAUACAGUUUUGGUGUUUUAUUGCUUGAAAUCAUCUCUGGAAAACAUACAAAUUCAGACAAAGUUGAGUCUUUUGUAACUUGGGCCGGACAAUUUUUGAAGGACAAGCUAAACAUUAGUCCUAUGAUUGAUCCGACCUUAAAGUCAUUCAAGCAAAAUGAACUUGAGGUGGUGUGUGAAGUUAUUCAAGAAUGCAUUCAAAGGGACAGUAGCCAGAGACCGACUAUGAAAGAAAUAAUUCCAAAUCUGAGGCAAGUUCUUGGGAUAUCACCGGAGCAAGCAACCCCUAAACUCUCUCCCUUGUGGUGGGCUGAACUCUCCUAUCUGGAGACUCACCGUAAAAAAUCAAACCACAUGUAAGAAGUUAAUUGUAUUUUCUUAAAGAUUUGAUCUAUGCUUAGAUUGAUAGGUAAAUAAUUCUAAGCAAGAUGAGGAUUCAAGAUAAAAGUAAAGUAAAGUAAAGUAACUCCCAAUGCCGUCUUCCACGGGUUUUGGGUCCC